CAUGAACAUGAAAUUUUUUAGGGUACGGGUGACAUCGUACGCCAUCUAAUAUGCAAAACAAAAUUACCGAAUGUGACGGAGAGUACACACUACACAGAGUACCAGACUACAGAGUACAGUGAGUACAGUACAGAGUACAGACUACAGAGUACAGUACAGACUACAGAUUGAUAAGACAGAAAAGAAAGUCAGAACUCAGAACACACACACAGUCGGCUCAUCAAGAUGGUGCUUGAAAGUACUAUGAUAUGUGUUGAUAACAGUGAUUAUAUGAGAAAUGGAGACUUUCUUCCAACAAGACUGCAAGCACAGCAAGAUGCAGUAAACUUAGUUUGUCAUUCUAAGACUCGUGCAAAUCCUGAAAACAAUGUUGGACUUAUCACACUAGCAAAUGUUGAAGUUUUGGCUACACUAACAAGCGAUGUAGGUCGUAUUUUGUCGAAGCUUCAUCAAGUUCAGCCCAAUGGCAAUUUAUCACUGAUUACUGGAAUUCGAAUUGCACACUUAGCUUUGAAACAUCGUCAGGGAAAGAACCAUAAAAUGAGAAUUGUUGCAUUUGUUGGAAGUCCUAUUCAAAUUGAUGAGAAAGAAGCUGUAAAAUUAGCUAAGAGACUGAAGAAGGAAAAAGUCAAUGUUGACAUCAUAAGUUUUGGAGAAGAAAGUGUGAAUAACGAAGUGUUAACAGCAUUUGUCAAUACCUUGAAUGGAAAAGAUGGCACAAGCAGCCACCUUGUUACAAUCCCUCCAGGACCACAUUUAUCUGAUGCACUCAUAUCUUCUCCCAUCAUCCAAGGUGAGGAUGGCAUGGGUGGUGCUGGUAUGGGUGGUGCUGCUUUUGAAUUUGGAGUUGAUCCUAACGAAGAUCCUGAACUUGCACUGGCCUUGCGAGUGUCUAUGGAAGAACAAAGACAGCGUCAAGAAGAAGAAGCGAGACGUAAUCAAGGUCCUGACGUGCCUGCUACAAUCAAAGAGGAAACUGCUAAAGAUAUACCAUCUGAGGAGGCUCUGUUGAAACGUGCUUUGGCUAUGUCUCUUGAGGGUGACGAAUCAGUUUCUACCGAAUCAGCAACACCGAGUGCAGGCGUUCCUGACUUUGCUCAUAUGACAGAAGAAGAGCAGAUCGCAUUUGCCAUGCAAAUGUCAAUGCAAGAUCAGCAAGUCGAAGGAACACCGAAAGAAGAACCAAUGGAUGUGGAAGAGGAUUAUGCUACUGUGAUGGCUGACACUGAAUUUUUGCAAUCUGUGCUCGAAAAUUUGCCUGGUGUUGAUCCACAAUCAGAGGCUGUUCGUCAAGCCGUUGGAUCGUUACAACAAAGUCGAGACAAAGAUAAGGAGAAGGAAAAAGGAAAAGACAAAGAAAAGAAGUAAAUUAUUUCAGAUAGGUUUUUUAAUUAAACUUGUAUUACGAUAUUGAAUUGAAUUAUAAAAUGUGGAAUGAAAAAGAAAACAGAUGCUGCUUUUGAUUUUGUAAAAUUUAUACUAAAUGCUAUUAUUUAAAAUUAAUAUUUCUUUUGUAAUGUUAAGCUCCAUUGAGCAAUUUUUCUUAGUUGUCAAAUUAUAUUGUUCACAGAAUAUUCUUAUGAUUUUAUAUUGAAAAAAAAUUAAUACGUUUUUCAGUGAAAAAUUUUUAUUAAUUAUUAAUUAAUUUACAUAUUCAAUGAAUCAAAUAAAUUUCAAAUUAUAGC